UCUUCCUGGCGUUACUCUCGGUGAUAUUGGUCGAAAGUUUGGCAGUGGGGCGUAUAACAGCAUGGAUAAUGGUGUUCUGCGCUUCGACCAUGUGCGCAUCCCAAGGGAUCAAAUGUUGAUGAGAGGCUCAUGCCUGUACUGCUGGGCUCAAGUCUGUGACAACAUCUGCCACAGCUAUCUUGUCAAUGUAGUUGUGUUGAUGAAGCAACAUUGGAACAUACAAAAUUUACACUGUCUUGCCUGGCGUGGUGUCAACUUCCCCUCUCUCCUGCCUGGCGUUCGCGUGAGGAGAGGGUUUCGACGCCAUGAAGUGAAGCUCGCCAGAGACUUGGGCUUCUUCCUGUCCAUGAAGGUCAUGGGAGCUCUUCUCUCUAAGGUCGUCUUUUGAAUUACAUCAGAUUGAUCUUUGCUAUUUAUGGGCAAUGUGCCAGAAGCCAAUCUCUAAAAGAAAUAUGACAACCCCAACAAUGAGUGUUCCCCAUUCUAUGUGGCGGCGUUUAUCUUGAAGAACGGAUGAGCCAUAUAACCUAAGUUGCUGGAGUGUGAGAACUAUUAAGAUGAUUUUAGUUGAUAAAGAUCACCAUGCACGGCUGUACAAUGUGCACAACAUCAUCAUGCACACGGGGAUGGCAGCCCAUAGCUCUACCUCCAUGGAAAAUGUGUAGGUGAGAGAUAACUAAUUUAUGUGCAUGCUCAGUUGAAGCACGACAAUCCGACAACAACAGCAGGAGGUGAUGAGUUUUUCAGCUUUGUACUUCUAAAUUUGCAAGUCUAUUGUAUACUGAGCAUACCCUUUUUGUUCGAACUUCACGUACUCCGGUGUGUCAACAACAACUUUGCUUCCUCCUGCUUGGGCAAGUGUUUUAUCAACUUGCUUUUUUGUAGAAAGUGAUAUGUACUUUUUAUUUCUUGCACAGCAUAAUUUGUGGGGUUUUCAUAGGGUAUGCAAACUUAUAAUCAGAAAAAAAUCAAAGCCAUUCAUAGUGUCAA